AUGGAGGAGGCUGUUGUGCAUUCAGACAGGACAUUUGGGGUAUUAUCUGAAGGCAAUUGUGAAUCGCCUGUUUCGGAGCCAAGCCCUCGUAGUUGGAGAACCACUGGUCCAACCAGAUCUUCAAGAUGCUGGACAGAGAAAGAGGAUAAACUUCUGGUAGACCUUGUCAGAAAGUUUAAUGGGAGUAAUUGGAAACAAAUAGCUGCGGGUAUCCCUGGACGUUCAGAUGUUCAGUGCCAGCAUCGCUGGCAGAAAGUUGUGAAUCCUGAAAUCAUUAAGGGAUACUGGACAGAUGAGGAAGAUGAUUGUAUAAUCAAGCUAGUUGAAAAGUAUGGUGCUAGAUGGUCUUUCAUUGCAAAGUUUUUACCCGGUCGAAUAGGAAAGCAAUGCAGAGAAAGGUGGUACAAUCAUUUAAGCCCGGCUAUAAAUAAAGACGCAUGGACAGAAGAUGAAGAGAGAAUGCUUGCUUUCUACCACCAACAGUAUGGUAACAAGUGGGCAGAAAUUUCAAGGUUUUUACCUGGAAGGACUGACAAUGCAAUUAAAAAUCACUGGAAUGGCGCUUUCAAGAGGAGAGAAGAUUCAUACUCUCCUAACGGUAGUGAAUGCCACAUGCAUACUGAUAAUGCUUGUUCGACAGAGUUGACUCUUGGAAGGUCAUAUGGUUCAGAAGGAGAUUCAGUGAAAGCUCAGAAAUGCAAGUCUUCCAAAAGAUGGCCAAGUGGUUCAAUCAAUUUGCACACUACAUUACAGUCUGAUUGCAGCAAUGUUGUUACUCCUCUUGGUGUCAAAAUUAGUGGAUACUGCAAACAAAUUGCUGAUCAUACAGUCGAAGACCGCCCUUUUCCAAACUCUCCAUUGGUUUUCAUGGAUUCAUCCACUUCUACCUACUCAAACUGUACUCCUCCGAAGAUUCAAUACUGCUAUUCUACUCCCCCCACGAAUGUGCAAAAUGUUUAUGCUAGCAGCACUAGUCCAAAAUCUAGAUUGAAGAGCUUAGCAAGGACUUUCAAAAAUACUCCUUCCAUCAUAAGAAAGAGAGCUUCCAGAACCGCAGAUCAUACCAACUCUUCUGGUGCCAGCUGCUCUACUGCAUUCAACAUCCUGAGCCUUGGUGAAGCAUGUAUCAAUAGCACAUACUCGAACUCUUCAGACUAUGUCAGAGGUUUAUCUUCAAUGCGGCAUAGACAUGAAACUUCAGAAGCUCAUAAAUCUCUUGGGAGGUGCCUGGAACUUGAGUUUGACGACGAAAAUGACUCAGGUAUUGCUAACUGUGGCGAAGUGUCGUCUGCAUAUGUUGGUGCAUAA